AUGUAUUCUCGUACCCUCCCCCGCAUCGUCUCAACGUCUUCCACCCCUCAAGCUUCAUCUCGCGCAAUUUCCCGACUAUCCUCCAUCAGCACUCAUCUUCUUCUUCCCCACUCAUCCCAUCAACGAAAUAUACCAUCCCGCCCACCCCAUCGCAACGUCGCCACAAUGCCUCCCAUCUCGUCAACCAUGAAAGCCAUUGUCGCCGAGAAAGUCGGCGGCCCUGAGGUCCUCGAAGUCCACACCAACCAACCCGUCCCCACCCCGCAAGAAGGCCAGCUGCUGGUCAAGAACAACAUCAUCGGCAUAAAUUACAUCGACACCUACUUCCGCACCGGUCUCUACCCAUCCGCAAAGCCCGAAAUCCUAGGCCGCGAAGCCGUCGGCACGGUCGUGGCUCUCGGGCCCGGUGCUAACCCGUAUAACUUCCAGGUUGGCGAUCGCGUUGCGUGGUUGGCUACCGGCUCAUACGCAGAGUACACUGCUGUUCCUCAGGCGAAGACUGUGAAGGUGCCACAGGGUAUCUCGGAUGAAGAUGCCAUGGCUUCCUUUUUGAGUGGCUUGACUGUUCUGUCGUUUGCGAAGGAGACGUAUCCUGUUCAGAAAGGGGAUUGGGUGCUACUGCACGCGGCCGCGGGUGGUGCUGGGUUUCUCCUGACCCAGAUUCUGAAGGAUAUCGGGGCCAAAGUUAUUGGCACCGCGGGUGGAAAGGAGAAGGUCGAGCUUGUUAAGAGCCUAGGAGCCGAUUAUGUGAUUGAUUAUCGCAGCGAGGAGGGCAAGGAUUGGGUUAAGAAGGUCAAGGAGAUUACCCAUGGCCGGGGAGUGGACGUUGUCUAUGAUUCUGUAGGGAAGGACACCUGGGAAGGCAGUCUGGAAGCUGUUAAGCGAAAGGGAACCAUUGUUUGGUUUGGAAAUGCCAGUGGCCCAGUACCCCCUCUGCCAUUACCCAAACUAAGCCCCAAGUGUGUCAAGAUCGCGCGUCCAACCUUGUUCGGCUACAUCGAGACUCGAGAAGAAUUCGAGUACUAUGUUAACGAACUGUUCAACUUGCUUUUGACCGGCAAACUGAAGGUAAAGAUUCACAACGUGUAUCCUUUGGAUCAGGUUGCGCAAGCGCAUAUCGACCUAGAAGGACGAAAGACAACCGGAAAGUUGCUCCUGAAAGCGUAA